UUGGUCGCCCUUUCCCACUGUUGCUGCCACUUCCCGAAGCCUGAGUUGGCUUUUUUUGGAGGCAGUGCUUCUUCUCUGCCUGACAAGGGUUUGAAAGUAUUCUAGAAGGCCUGUUUGGACCUGGAUUAUUAAAAGAUCUCAGUUUGUUUAAAGACUGUGAGCCUGAAGGUGUUUCUGAUUGGUCUUUUGAUGAAAAUUGUCUUUUCUGCUGCCUGAGAAGAGAAAAAGUGAAGGAGCACUUAGUCUGUCUGGAUGAGCCAGCCUCGGAAGCUGGACAAGAAGCUCUGCUUAGACAAGAGCAAGCAAAAAUCAUUCGUUUUGAAAGGCAAGCGGAAGAGUUCCUCAAUGCAGUCUUUUACAGAAAAGACAGUCCUAGGGUCUCUGACCCCAAUAUUCCCCUAGUGGCCCGUGAGAUCAUGCAGCGAAUGAUCCGACAGUUUGCUGCUGAAUAUACCUCAAAAAAUAGCUCUACUCAGGACUCCAGCCAGCCCAAUAGCACAAAGAACCAAAGCCUGCUGAAAGCAUCUCUGGUCGCCUCCUCUCCCACGGCUGCAACUGCUCAGAACCCUGUGCUCAGCAAACUUCUCAUGGCUGACCAAGACUCACCUCUGGACCUUACUGUCAGAAAGUCUCAGUCAGAACCUAGUGAACAAGACGGCGUGCUUGAUUUGUCCACUAAGAAGAGUCCUUGUGCUGGCAGCACCUCUCUGAGUCAUUCUCCAGGAUGCUCCAGUACUCCAGGAAAUGGUGAGGAUGCAGCAGAGGCAGUAGCAAUAGACUCUAACAAUCAGCCCAAGUCUCCACUGGAAAAGUUUAUGGUCAGACUGUGUACACACCACCAGAAGCAGUUCAUCCGCGUGCUAAACGACAUAUACACUGAAGUACAACCGGACUGUGAAGGCCAGCAGUCAUCUGAAUCCGAAAGCAUGGAGACCUCCACUUGUGGCUCAGCUUGUAGCCAGCAAAGCACUGAAAACCAGGAUAAGGGUGCUACGUGUACUGACCCAAGGCCCCUUUCUUCCUUGGAGCCCGGACAGCCAGGCACUGACAGCACAGGCCAGCCUGCAGAGCUGAAGCCCGUGGACAGGGCAGAGAGCUCCAGCCCUGCUUUGAGGAGAGACUUCCUUGACCCCCCCAGCACGCGGCUGCGCUCCGCCAGCCCAAAGGACAGCUCCACUCAAGGAUACCUCAGCACGUUGAACUCUUCCUCGUUGAAUUUCCACCAUGCCACAAAAAGCCUGGAGGGGCAAGCUGCUGGCCACGAACAAGAUGCCGGCGUCAGAAGGUGUGAGGACAGCAAAGAGCAGGGAGCAGGUAAGGCGCUAGUGGAAGGCUACAUCUCUGUCAAAGUGGCCAACGUGAACGGCAGUGAGGAGGGCCUGGACAGCUGUCUGGGCUCCCAGAAGAGCUCUUUCAGGGCUCUGCCGGAGGAACCCUGGGACCCUGGCUUUGCAGUCAGCUCUCCUCGCCGUGCGGACAAAGAGAAUGCGUUACAGUGUGGCUCAAAAGCAUCUUUGCACCAGGACCUCGAUGUGAAAGAACAAGACACAAGACCAAAGCAAGACAACCACCUGCACGCUGUGGCCAAGGGCAAGGUAGGCUGCCACCUGCACCCGGCCGACAAGGGCCCACUUGACAAAUCCAAAGAGGGCUGGCUGCCCACCGGCACCGCACCAACCUCCCAGCGUGCCCCUGCAGGGCACCCCCGUGCCAAGACAGCCUCCCUUCGGCCCUCCCGUAAGAGCAAAAAGGCCUCGGGGCUGCGGAUUAAUGACUACGACAACCAGUGCGACGUGGUCUACAUCAGCCAGCCCAUCACUGAGUGCCACUUUGAGAGCCAGCGCGCCGUGUCAUCCCGCAGGACAGCACGGAAGAGCACGCGGGGGUAUUUCUUCAAUGGGGAGUGCUGUGAGCUGCCCACUGUCCGCACGCUGGUGAAAAGCUCGCGGGCAGAAGAGCGGGGCGGCAGUGCGGCGCAGCGGACGCAGGCGCUUGUAAGCACAAAGCCGACUCUGAUGCUUUCGGGGGGCAGCUCCACGGGGGCAGGACGGGAUGGGGAGAAAAGGGUUUCACUCCGGCUGCUGGCCAAAGCCACGCCAGCCGGCAGAGAGACGAAAGGCAGGGGUGAGCUGGGCUCCCUGCAGCGGGAGCUGCGGGACAUGCGGGUGCUGCGGUCACGGGAGGCCUCUGCAGCUGUGCCCCUGUUCUCACUCUCGGCACCGCCCAGCCCUCAGAUGGAGGACAGCACGGCUGGCUCUCCACCCCCAGGUUCCCCUUGUAGCCAAGGGGCUGGUGGCUUGGCUGCCCCGGAGGUUGGUGCGGCUCCCUCUGGGGAUAGCAGCCCCAAGGACAGUGAUGCUGUGCCAGCUGCAGGCUGUGCUGCCCUUCCCGCCUCUGAAGCAGCCAUCGGGGAGAAAGGUUCCCCAGAUGUGGGUGUGCAAACUACUCCAGACCUCCCCGCCAGCCCAGAGCCAGGGUCCCCCAUGCAGCUCUGCCCUGCUUUGGAUGCGGCACCUGAGGCUGACACCAGGGACCAUGCAGUGCUCCCAGGCGCCAGCAGCACAGAGCCCUGUGGUGUGCAUCCCGCAGAACCCUCUCCACUCUCUCCAGAGCUGCAGGCUCCUGAGCAGCCCCCUGCCACCGACAGCAGGAAUUGUCCACCAGAGCCCCCUGCCACCUUGCAGAGCAUGGAGGUGAACAAAAGCAUUGAUACUUUGCCAGAUGUCGAACUAUCAGUUGUACCAGGUGACACCUCCCUUGAGCAAGAGGAGGCUGCACCAGCCAGCAUAGCUCUACCUGUGGACUCGGAAGGCGAGGCAGAGCAGAACAACAGCCUGGCAGGUGAAAAGGAGCCUGCUGAAGAGGAAACACUGCCUGAACCCGAUAGCUUGGAAACAGCAGAGAAAGACUCCAUCUCUUCCAAAGACAGCCUAGACAAGAAGCGAAAGAAAGGAAGGAGAGCGCUUGUGGCAUCUGACCGGCGUCUCCGAAGCCAGCAAUCUCAACCACCUACUGAGGGCAGCACUGAGAACGCUGGUUCUUCCAGCCCCGUGCACCUUCCUGGCCUUCAGAUCAAAGCCUCCAAGAGUCCUGGUGCUAAGCGGUUCAAGAAAGAAGGGAACCUGGAUGGGACAACACCCACACACUUCCCAAAUGACUGCUUCCAUAGUGCACUGCUCCAACACAACGAGGGGCUAAGCACCGGGCAGACUCCAGAAAGCACUGCUGAGGAGAACGGUGUCACCACCAGGCAGACCUAUAAAAGCAUCUUAGCAAAAGAAACUGCAUCCGAGGGAGAAAAUUCCCAUAAAGACAACCCCACUGCUACAGGUGGCCAAAGUCAACCAGGUGAGAUGCUGGACAUGUGUGUGCAGACUGAUGCUGAGAAGAAAAGCAUCCUCCUCCCAGCAGAAAGCAGUGCGCCUGCAGGCAGUGUGCAAGCAGAGGUGAAGCUGGGCGAUGCUUGUGCAAAGGAGGAGAGCUCUGACAGUGCCAUAGACACAGGGAAGCUGGAGCACUAUGAGCCAGUGUGCAGCCAAUCUCCGUGUCCCACCAGCAGAGGUGGAGGAAGCAAGCAUCUCCCAGCAAAGGCUGCCAAGCACAAAAAGGUCACCCUGCAGUUUUACAACUUAAGACACACACCUGCAACAGCUGAUACUGCAAAAAAGAGCUUGCCAGGGAAGGAGUCUAUGCAGGCUGUCCCUAAAGCGAGGGACGAGUGCAGUUUGGGGAAUGAUGAUGCCCUGGCGCUGGAGGAUAUGGAUGCAGAAGACAGCAAGCCAAGGUUCAUGGAGUGGUGCGCUGAGGAGGAGAACCAAGAGCUGAUUGCUGAGUUCAACGCCCAGUACAUGAAGGUGCAGAAAGGCUGGAUCCAGCUGGAGAGGGAGGUGCAGCCAGCCCCCAAAGUGAAGAACAAAGCCGACAAGCUGAAGGAGAUCUGGAAAAGCAAGAAAAGGACACGGAAAAGCAGAGGGGCACUGGAGGUUCAGAAACUGUCUCCUGUCCAGAUGCUGUUCAUGAAGGCCUACAAGCUGUCCGACAUCUGCCAGUGGUUCCUGGAGACCACCGAGACCCGCUCGCUGGUGAUCGUGAAGAAACUCAACACGCGUCUCCCAGGGGAGAUCCCCCCCAUCAAGGUGCCCAUGCAGAAGUACUCCUCCUCUGGCCUCUACCCCAGCUCACUGCAGGCUGAGCGCUUGAAAAAGCACCUGAAGAAAUUCGCCGCGACCACACCAGCCCGCAACAACCUGAAAAACCAAAAGCUGUGGGCCAAGAUCCGCGAGAAUGCCGACAAAGCUGAGGCCGAAGAGGGCAACGUGGCCGGCCAGCCUCCUCCACCUGAAGCCAGCCCCGAGGAGCUGAGCCAGGAGCGGGGUGCACAGCCCACCCCCAGCCUGCCCACCCAGGCCAGCACCCGCAUCCUGCGCAAGUACUCCCAGCUGAGGGGCAAGCUGCGGGCCCAGCACCGUGCCACCCGCACCGAGCGGCGCGGCGACAUGCCCGGCGAGCAGCCGGGCCCCGAGGGCAAGGCCAGCCGCAAGAGCCUGUGCAUCAACCCGCUCAUGUCCCCCAAGCUGGCCCUGCAGAUCAAGGCGGAUGCCUUCCCCACUAAAUCUCCCUCGGCAGAUGGAGCGGGGAAAGGGCGGAAAGGGAAGAGUAAAGGCCAGGAGGAGCCCUCGCCCAGGGCUGAGCAGCUCAGCAGAAAGAAGAGGACUCUCAAGGAGAGCGAGGCCACGCAGGAGCGGGCUGGCUCCUCAGGGAAGGACAAGGUGCCAGCCAAGAAGGCUGGGAAAAUAAAGCAUUCAGAGGCAGGUACCAGGGCCCCCGCCACCCGCAAGCAGGUGGAGAGGAGCAGCAAGCUGGCCAAGAAGAUGUCUUCAAAAGAGAAGAGAGCCCCGAAAAGGCAGCCAGAGAAAGUGCGGCUGCCGGUGCGGAAGGGCAAGGAGAACACCAGCCGCCGUGCCGCACCGCCGCCCGGCCACGAGGAGCUGGGCCCGUCCGCGCGGCACAGACCGCUGGGCGAGUCCUCGACGCGGGCGCAGAAGAUGGCCAACAAGAAGGCGGGUGGGGGGAAGGCCCUGCCCAGGGCUGUGAGGAGGGGGCAGGAAGGCAGCAGUUCGCAGGGCAAGAGGAAGCUGCGGGCGAAGGGAGAUUGCUCGCACAGCAAGCGCUCGCGGCUGGAUGCCAAGUAGCAACGCAGCGGUAGCCAUGUACAGAACUCUUGUAUAGUAGUAACCCUUACCAUGCAUUAACUAAAGCUGCUUUUAUAAGCUGUAGCAAGCCUUUAAAAUCCGCAGUUACAGGAUCACGCACGUGAUGUUAGGCAUCGGAAGCUGUGUCUGAGGCGGAGAAGAGGUCAGCCUGUCUGGCUCUGCUGUUCCGAAGGAAGCGUUUGCAGUUCCGAUGGUCCUGGGGCUUUUGAACUCAGAACCAGGCAGUUUUAGUUAAAAGUACAGUGCCUUAUUUAUCACUUUAAAAAUAAAAUUAAGAAGCUCGUCUGUGUGAUUUGGAGGCUUGCGUUUUAUACUUGAGGCACAAGCACUUGUACUGUAGCAGAAAGAAAACCACCUUUGUGCACAUGAAGUAGCUUUCGGCAGCCUUUCGGUGCACGCCAGCAUUUCCCUUCCCUUCAGUGCCCUUCUGUCUGUCUGUGAGUGGCAUUUCAAGCAAACCCAAACCCCUUUGCCAUCGGUGAGGGAGACGAAGGUGGAUGGGACACGUGUCGGUUCUCCUGCAGCUGCCGGUGGCUCUCCAGGUACCCACACAUGGAUGUCACCCUGCGGCUCUGCCCCUACGCCUGUCCCUUUGCACGGCUGCAGCUGAUUUUCCCUAUAGUUUGCAUUCACUUUUGUACAAACACGCACCUUGCUGCGUGCAGGAAUCCCCUUGUGAGCGUCCGGUGCAGGAAGCAGCGAGGCUUUGGUUUGAAAACUUUCCCUCCCCUUUGAAUCAUGCGAAAGUGAGCUCUUUGAGCAGCAACAAAGUGAUUAAAUCUAGCCUGUCAGACCCUGUACAGAUUAAUAUGGAGUUAUCUAUGAUUUUAAUUUUUACUGCAUGUAUUAAAGAUGUCAAACAUUCCAUCAGGAAAGAUUUAAAGGCAUUUCAGGAGAGGCACCGGUGGCAGCCAUAGCACUGCUCUGUACCUUCCCCACGGGUCCUCUCUCCGCCUGCGCCUGCCUUUCCCUCCCCUUGGGCUGGGGUAGAAAUGCAGGACCCCCUCCCCACAUUCUGCAUUUAAUUUCUCUUUGACUUCUGGGGGCUGUCCCUUGCUGCCCCAUGUUGGGAUGGCAGCUCCAGAUGUUGCUCCCCAGAGUUGUGCUGCAGCCUUAGCACGUGUCGGAUGGGAUGCUGGGCAUCCCAUGGCAUGGGAGGAAUAUGAGUUGUCAGGCUGAAAGCUGAGAGCAGGCCAGGUGAUGGGGUGCUUGGCAAGGCAGCAGAGUGCUCUUCUGUUUUAUUUAACAGUGACAGCUUUGGUCUUCAGAAAGGGCUUUGUCUUUGAUGGGUAGAGUGCGGCUGCCACCUGUGGCCGAGUGACUGCAGCCAGCACUUGGGCAUGGCCCUGCCCAGGUCAGGAUGGGCACAGAGGUGCUCUCUGCAUCGUAGGUCGGCCAGGAAUGCUCUCAUGUCCAGAAAACCAGGGCGGCUUCCUGCUGGGCGGCAUCUCCAGCUCUGUGCUGCCCCUCAAGAGGUGCCAUCUCCUCCUCAUCUCCUGUGCGUGUUCUCAUGCUGACACCAGUUGUAGCUCCUGGAUCUUGCAGCCGAUGAGACGUGCUUUCACCAUGUGCUUUGUGCUUGUGAGUGCUGUGUUUUGGGAAAGGACGGAGGGGCAUUUUAAUUUGCUGACAAAUGAAGGGAUCUGCAUGUGAGGUGGCCAAGUGGCAGGGUGGCAUCGCCACCAUUUCUUCAUCGGUGCCCAGAUUUGAUUUUCUUCUCCCUCUCUUCCAGGCAGUGUUGCGUUGCUCUGUUCCCCGCUUACUCCCCGAUGUCCUCCCUCCAGCCCUAGUGCUGUGCCCCCAGUGCCCCCCGAUCACAGCAGUGCCGGCUGCUGCUGCCACCGCCACCCCUUCAGCUUUCCUUGUUGGCUGACUUCUCAUCCUACUCUCGGAGUUUUCCUCCACCCCCGCUCCCUGCUCCGCGUAUCAUAGCGUCCGUUCCGCCCAUCCCUUCGCUUGGUGGUUGUGAAAUGAAUCCAUCUGUUCUAAGAUGUUCUCAGGAGUUUGUAUUAAGAUCACCCCUAGGCUUAGCGGAAUCACGGUUCUCCCCC